CCCCCCCCCCCACCCCCCACUGUCCUGGUGAAAUGCAUCUCUUUCUAAUCGAUACAGAACGACGCGGGUGGCAGUGAUGCGACUGGCACAGAGAUGACAGCCUUCCUCCUCCCUGCUUUUGUUCUAAUCAGCGUCGUCUCCUCUCAGUUCCCGGUGGAGAUCUCUUUCCCCUCGGAGGUGGUGCAGGUCCGGACGGGUCAGAUUUCUCUCCUGGCUGUGAAGACCCUGUCCCUCUCCGAGGUGCUGACUGUGUCCUGGGCCUCCCCAUCGGGGCAGACCCUGGGGGUGUGGGUCGGGGGGCAGGUGAGCCCGGUUCUGAACGAGAUCGAGCAGUACCGCGGCCGGCUCAACAUCGCCGGGGAUUUCUCGCUGCGGCUGAAGGACGCCGCAAGAGCCGACGAGGGGGGUUACACCAUCACCGUGGACCCCAAAGCCAGCACUGGAGUGACCAAGAACAGCAGGGUGAUCCGGCUGGAGGUGUUCGAUCCCAUCCAGGACGUCUCCAUUUCCUCCCCCUCUCCGAUCCUCCAAGGGGACAACGUCACUCUCACCUGCCGCUGGUCCCAGGGGACGAAGCCUCAGGUGACUUGGGGACUGGGUGGGGUCGGGCUGACCCCCGACAACCACGUCACGAUCUCCGACAGUGUGCUGAGGAUCUCCAGGGUGGGCAGAGAAGACGCCGGGAACUACACGUGCAGAGUGACCAACGCCGUGAGCGCAGGAACGGGCUGGACCGUCCUCGACGUCAGCUACGGGCCGGACCUCCCUUCGGUCAGCCGGGCGCUCCUCUCCGAUUGCGUGAGCGAGGGCGACGUCGUGGAAGGCAGAGCCGUCAGCCUGUCCUGCGUCUCCGUCUCCAAUCCUCCCGCUCGCUUCUCCUGGGCGCUCAACGGCCGCCCCGUCUCCUCGGGGAACGCCAGGCUGUUCAUCCCAGCGGCGUCCCUCGAUCAGGGGGGAAGCUACACCUGCACAGCCUCCAACGCGGUCACGGGGAGAUCAGCCACCGCCUCCACCGCAGUCAACGUUGUCGGGCACUGUCUCAGCGGCGGCGCGAUAGCGGGCAUUGUGAUUGGCUGCGUCGUCGGACUGCUCCUGCUCCUCCUGCUGGUCCUACUGUUGCUGAGGUGGAGAAAAGGAGACCACUGGCUGAAGGAGAAACUUAAACGAACAAAACCCAAUCCUACCUUGACUCCGCUCCCCAGGCCUCACGGGAGUGCGAACACGCCUCCUCUCCCCCCUCCGGUUCUCACGCGCUCAGAGGCGCCCCCUGUGGCAGCCCCGCCUCCCUACAGGAGCCCCUGGUCCCAGUCUCGUGGGGGUGUAAACGAGCUCCCUCCCCCGGUUCACCGGACCGCUCGGAGCUCAGCGGCGCCCCGUGUGGACCACACCCCUUCCUACGGACCCCCCAGAUCCCAUCGUCGUCACUGUGUGAACGACCCCCCCACCCCUCCCCCUGUUCACAGGACCGCUCGGAGCUCAGCGGCGCCCCCUCUGGCGCUCCCCCCUUCCUACAGGAGCCCCAGGUCCCACCGCCGUGGGGGUGUGAACGAGCUCCCUCCCCCGGUUCACCGGACCGCUCGGAGCUCAGCGGCGCCCCGUGUGGACCACACCCCUUCCUACGGACCCCCCAGAUCCCAUCGUCGUCACGGUGUGAACGACCCCCCUACCCCUCCCCCUGUUCACAGGACCGCUCGGAGCUCAGCGGCGCCCCCUCUGGCGCUCCCCCCUUCCUACAGGAGCCCCAGGUCCCAUCGCCCCCCGCAGGCAGCACACCCCCCUGCAGGAGGGCAUGACCAGGCAGUUUGAACCAUGGAGCCCGAUGGAGAGCAACGACCUUUACAUAGAGUCACUUCUUACAGUGGUGAUCUCAAAAGAAUGCCGCUACUCUGAACAGUUUUCACUUCAACAAAAUAUUUUUGAUUCAGUGAAUAAAAAUUUCUAUAAAUUAAUGUAUUUAAUCCAUUCAUAAAACUAAUUUUUAAAAUGUAUAUGGAGAAAUAUAUAUAUGUGAAUUAUAUUUGCACUUUUAAAUAAAAUAAAUAUUCUUGAAUUUCU